GUGAAGUGUGGGCACCGGAAAUCAUGGAGCCGGGCAAGAUGGCGUCCCCCAAGAGCUCUCCGAAAGAUGCCCAAGUGAUGGCCCAAAUUCUGAAGGACAUGGGGAUCACAGAGUACGAACCAAGGGUCAUCAACCAGAUGCUGGAGUUCGCCUUUCGCUACGUCACCACGAUUUUGGACGACGCCAAGAUUUACUCGAGCCACGCCAAGAAGCCUGCGGUGGAUGCGGACGACGUGCGGCUGGCCAUCCAGUGCAGGGCCGACCAGUCGUUCACGGCGCCGCCGCCGAGGGACUUUCUGUUAGAUAUCGCCCGGCAGAAGAACCAGACCCCGCUGCCGCUGAUCAAGCCCUACUCGGGCCCCCGGCUGCCGCCGGACCGCUACUGCUUAACGGCGCCCAACUACCGGCUAAAGUCCCUGCCCAAAAAGGUGGCCGCCCAGGCGGGCCGAAUCACGGUGCCGCGGCUCAGCGUGGGCGCCGUCAGCAGCAGGCCCGGCACUCCGACCCUGGGCGCGCCCUCGUCCGCGCCCGCAGUGGCCGUGGCCGCCGACGUCGCGACCCCGCUGUCGCUGGCCGGCCAGAGGUUCACGGUGCAGAUCCCGGCCUCGCAGAGCCCCGCCGUCAAGGCCGCGAUGCCCGCGGCGCCCGCCGUGCAGAACGUCCUGAUCAACCCCUCCCUCAUCGGCUCCAAGAACAUCCUCAUCACCACCAACAUGGUGUCAUCGUCGUCGUCGUCCUCGUCCUCGUCCUCGUCGUCGUCGUCGCAGAGCACCCCCGCCGAGUCCUCGAAUUCAUUGAAAAGGAAGCACGAAGACGAUGACGACUAUAACAGCUUGUAAAAAGCCCAGAAGCCGGGCCUGGUGUCUGCCAAAGGCUAAACAUUUCCAGUCCAUUCAACUGUCCUUAUAUGACAUGGACCCAAGACCCUUCACCAUCAUGCUCUUUGGACAACAUCCUCUUUAUCAGUGUCCUUCAUAAACUGUGGUGUCAUGGUGAAACCCAGCUUCCAGCAGAAUUCUUGAUAUUAUUGAUACUUCCUGAAAGUGUUGUUUCCUUUGGGAAAAAAGUAUCCAGUUUCUUUUGCCUCCUUUCAUACCCCACACAUUUUCUCAUUUGAAAAAACAAGCAUCCUUCUUCUCAGAACUAGAUCACCAUCUGGCUAUGACCAAAGUCAUGAUCAUCAUCCAAAUGAACUUAUUCUAAUGCUCCUUUUCACAGGCAACUACAUCAUGUUUUGAGUGCAGUGCAAUUAAUCAGAAACCUAAGCAAAAACCACAGCAGCCCAGUUUUGAAAGAGAUGCUUCAUGGUGGUAUAGAGGUGACCCUUUGUUUUUUAAGGCAAUGAAUAAACAUACAUUCUGGCAAGUCCUUCCUAUCUGGGAAGGCCUUAAGUAUAUCCUCAGAAAAAAACUUUUCCUGCUGUCUGAGGACCAGCCAGCUAAGUGCAAAAGAGGAUCAUUAUAAAAAUAUAAAAUAACCUUCUGCUAUGUACAGCAGACAUAACUUCCAUGGUGAUGGGGUCAGAAUGGUGGAAAAGGAACACUUUUAAGACUUGGUUCUUAGACUGUCUAGACAAUUGGACUGUUUUAAGUCUGCAAUCUUUGUUUACCUACUGAUAAUACUGGAGGAACUGAAAUAUUCAACUACAUGAAGUAGUUGGUUAAAUGGAACUCUGGUUCCCAGCUCCCCAGGGUGGAGUUUGUUUCAUUAUGUACCCAAAGGCAACAAGGAAAGUCAUUCUGUGGGACGUGACCUUAGAACUCUGUGUCUCUUCCUUCAACUCCCUCAGGGAGAGGGAAAGUCACUGCAGGUUGAGAACUGGAAUUAUAAGCAUAAAGGAGAAUUGGAUUGUUAAAAGCAAAAGCUAUGAAGCAGCACAUAUCUUGUGAUCAAAUGAUUCCCCUUUGGGGAAUUACACCCCAAAAGGAAAUAACUUUUAAAAGUUAUUUUACAAAAGUCAUCAUAGCACUGUUUAUAAAAUUGGAAACAGCCCCAAUAACCAGCAAUAGGGAAAUGGCUCAAUAGCCUAUGGAUACCAAUAUGCCAGUAAUUUGCAUUUAGAUAGCACUUUAUAGGGCACUUUCUUCACAGCCUAUUUGUAUUGUUACCCCAUUUUACCGAUGACCAGGCUUACAAACGUUGAGUGAGU